AUGUGCCCGCACGUGCAUACUAUGGACUAUGAUUCAACAAUGUCUUCAUCGCGAGAAAAUCCAGUCCAGCACACCAUGAGAUCCGUUUUGUCAGUACAAUCUCACGUGGCCCAUGGUUACGUCGGGAAUAAAGCUGCUACUUUUCCUCUUCAGUUUCUAGGGUGGGACGUGGAUACUAUUAAUACUGUCAACUUCUCUAACCAUACUGGAUAUGGUUCUGUGAGGGGAAAUUCUAUCACUGCGACAGAUAUGGCAGCGAUCUUCAAGGGCUUGUCUGAAAUCCGAUGUACACAUGAUGCUAUCAUUCUGGGUUACAUUCCGUCAGCAGAGCUCAUAGAUGUUCUUGCUUACAAUGUAAAUUGCAUAAAGACUGAGAAUCCUGACCUUUUGUAUAUAUGCGACCCGGUCAUGGGAGACCAAGGUCAUUUAUACGUUGACGACUCGUGCGUCGAGGCAUACAAAAGACUUUUGCUGACAGGAAAAGUGGAUAUCAUCACCCCGAAUCAAUUUGAGUUGGAACUCCUCUGUGGCUUCGAGAUUGAAUCGCAAGAUACUCUUCUUGAGGCUGUAACUCGUGUGACUAAGACCUAUAAUGUAAAGCAUGUGGUGGUUUCCAGUUUGUGUGGUGCAAUAAUCAACGAGUCAGGCGUCUCAGAUUCCCUUUACUGUGCUGUGUUCUCCGCUGAGGAAUGCAGACUAGUAUUGUUCAAAAUUCCCGUAAUUGAAUCUUAUUUCACCGGUGUUGGUGACCUAUUCACUGCAUUACUUCUAGAUAAGUUUUGCAGCAAUAAGGACAAUAUAUCAAGAGCAGUGAACCAGGUCCUCACUAUCAUGGCUGAUGUUCUUCAUCUCACGCAUACCUUGGGGAUAGAAGACUACUGCCGGCAAAAUAAAAUUUCAGCUGCUGAUAUCAAUGAUAAAAAUAUUCUUAAAAGCAAGAUGAAUGAUGGGGAUUCCAUGCGCUUUUUCGAACUUCGGAUUAUCGAAUCCAAGAGGUUUUACGGCUAUGAUCAGGAUGGCAUUUUCAAGCCACUACUCAUUUAA